GCAAAACUUAAGUCCCUCCGCUCUGUCAUCCAAUCCAUAUCUAGCACUACUUGCGUUCUAUCCUACCAGCAUGUGAGAAUCGAGUUCCGGCGGUUGCAAAUGUGAACAAAAUAAUUGAUGUUCCGUUCAGCUUUAGUUUGUUUGCUGAUAUCGUGGAUAACAACUCAAAUUAUCAUUGCGAAUGAUUUGGAUAGCUCUCUGAAUGUUCUCAAGUCGGGUUGUCGUGCCCUAGAAAAGAAUAUUACUGAUUAUUCUUACGCAUUGUCGUUGGCUUUCCUCAUUUCGCAUGUCGAAUGUUCCUACCGGACAGAAAUGCUCACUGGUCUCAUCCCACGCAUAACUAAAAAAAGAUAAAGGCUGUGUGCUGAAUCAACACAAAGCUAUACACAGAGCUAUUGAGUCCUAGAACAUGCCCUACAUCAUGAUAGCCACGCUCUGCAAGGCGAUGGCACAGUCUCUGGACCAUUCUGACGCCGAUUGAAGCGCCUUGAAUACAGUUGGAUACUGGUUCAGAAA